AAGCUAUCUCAGUUUACAAUGAUCCUGGUAAUGGUUCGGAAUACUCUCUUCUUAGUAUUAGGCAUCAUGUUGGGCGUUCGACUCACGGAUAUUAUAGGCUACCUGAAACUGUGGAGAGAUACGGACUUGCGUUCGAGUGAAAAGGCGGCGCUGCUGAAGUAUCCAGUGGCCACGGAGGAGCACCUGGCCAUCUGGCUUAAAAGGGAAGUGCGAAUUCUCUGCCUGGUGCUCACCAUGCCUUCUUCGCACAGCACAAAGGCUGCUCGGGUGAAUCGCACAUGGGGAGCGCGCUGCAAUAAGCUGAUCUUCAUGAGCACCGAAACAGAUCCGCAUCUGAAUAUUCUCAAGAUGAACAUAUCCGAAUCGCGCAAGAAUUUAUACGCCAAAGUUCGCAUGGGAAUGGCCCAUGUGCACAAGCAUUACUUAAAUGAGUACGACUGGUUCCUGAAGGCCGAUGAUGACACUUACAUUGUGAUGGAAAAUCUGCGUCUGUUUCUGUAUCCCUACGAUCCUGAGUCGUCUGUGUACUUUGGCUGUCGCUUUAAAGCCUGGUUUUCCCACGGCUACAUGUCCGGUGGCGGUGGCUAUGUGCUCAGCAGGGAUGCCCUGCGUCGUCUCAAUUUGUUCGCCUUGAACAGCACCACCACCUGCAAAUUGAACGGGGAUUCCGAGGACCUUCAGAUCGGCCAUUGCCUUCAGGACGUGGGUGUUAUAGCGGGCGAUACGCGGGACUUCCAAGGACACCAUCGCUUUCUGCCCAUCAGUCCGUAUAAAGUGAUCCCUUUCAUUGACUUCGGUUCAUGGACGGAUACUUACUUCUUUCACAAACCAAAUAGAAGCGACUGCUGCUCUCCUUCGGCCAUAUCCUUUCACUAUGUCAAAGACAUCGAGUUUGAGUUUUUCGAAUUCUUUCUGUACCAUUUGAGAGUCUUUGGAGUGCACAGGGUGCAAAGAGCUCUGCCAUCGCGUUUGGGUUUCCAUCAGAUGAACGAAAGACUGCAACAUUGGGCCCAGCAAGUCACCGACAACAAGUGAUAACUACAGAUAAUCCAGUCAAUAAACCCGUGAAUACGCAACAACUUAUAAACAAUAAAUGGUUAGAAUUAAAAAAUUAAAUACUAAUAUAUUUUGUAUCUUUAUGUUCAGUAAUAUUCCUAUUACUAAGAAUUACUUACUAAAUGCAUCAGUAAAAUAUUUUAAUAAUUUGUUGAAAAUACAAUCUGGACCACUCUAAAAUA